UGAAAAUGAUGACGUUCUACAUGAAUUGCUGGCUAGGAGUGGUAGUGGAACUGUUUAGCCUGAAUGUCGGGCUAUAAACMGAAGGAUACUUGAAUAACAUUGCAUUCGAAAGCAAUAAGAAGGUAUUUAAAUGAAUGACUAAUCGAAACGAUAUAGCAGUCUGACCUAUUGAUGCCAAUUACCUAACCAGAGAAGGCGAUAGUGAAUAAGAGUAAAACAGCGCUAUAACGGACUGAAGCUAAAAGUGCGAUUGAAGCCAUUUUCUCCUCGUUGACCCCAAGCAGACGAGGAGCGUGGUAACGUGACAUCAUGAACGUGGGCACGGCACACAGCGAGGUGAACCCCAACACGCGGGUAAUGAACAGCCGGGGCAUCUGGCUCUCCUACCUCCUGGGCAUCGGCCUGCUGCAUGUCAUCCUGCUCAGCAUCCCCUUCGCCAGUGUGCCCGUGGUCUGGACCCUCACCAACCUCAUACACAACCUGUGCAUGUACCUGUUGUUACACUUGGUGAAAGGAACCCCGUUUGAAACUCCGGACCAGAGCAAGGCUCGCUUCUACACAUACUGGGAGCAGAUGGACUAUGGUGUACAGUUCACUGCCUCACGCAAGUUCCUCACCAUCACUCCUAUCGUCCUCUACAUCCUCACCAGCUUCUACACCAAGUAUGACCGGGCCCACUUUGUGGUCAACACGGUCUCCCUGAUGACCGUGCUCAUUCCCAAGCUCCCCCAGCUUCACGGAGUUCGGAUCUUUGGCAUUAACAAGUACUGAUGGGGCGGAAGAGGACACCGCCAUUCCGCCAUCUCCCUGUGGACUGUAAACACAGAGUAUCAGGCCCCGCCGCAUUGGCCCCCAGCCCAUAGGGAUCCAUAGCCCCUCUCUGGCUCACAGGGCUAUUGAGCACUCUGCUAAAUGAAACCUAUGGGCGAUAAACAACACAGAAUUGACUUACAGGGCUCGGCUGGGUCCGAGCUCCUAUGUGGUCCUAUUGAAGCUGUGCUGUAGUGUUUAUUUGUGGUUCCCUUUAUGUCCGUUUUAUUUAAUUCACAGAGAACACUGCAAGUGACGCCUUUGAGGACAUACAGUAGUAUGAGAUGUAUUGAGAUUGAGUUACAAUGUGGAGAGGAGAAACCUCUGAGCAGUUUGAUCCUGAGAAAAGUGAGACUCAGACAUUUUGCACCCAGGGAGACAUUUUGGAAGUUAUGUCACUCAGUUAUGAUGCCCUCUAGAAUUAUAACUCUACAUUUCUUUAGCAUCUUGUCCUCAAAAUCCUCUCUUUCUCUCAUAAGAAAGGACAGACUGCUAGAGAAAGGGUUAGCUAGGGAGUUGCUCUGACUGUUGCAGUGGUCAGACAGGAGGGACCACAGGGUUUAUAUUUAGCCCCCCUGACCACUCAGUCUGAGUUUGGAAAGUUUAAGCAACACUUAUUUUAUCUGAUCAUUUCCAUAUUUAGAUUACCUUGCUCUGAUUUGAKCCAGAGUAAACUUCUGUUCACAUUGCAGUCUGUAAUCUACAGUGCAGAGUAGACAUGCUCAGGCCCCAAAAGCUAAUUCCAGCUUUGUGAAUCUGUUGUAUUUACAUUUCAGUUGGGACCCUUAGGGCAGAAGAUGAAAAGCAGGUUAGGCGAUUCAUGUUCAUGGAAAACAUUUGUGCAUACAUAUGGCAUACUCUUAAGUCAGGGUUCCCCAACUGGCCCUUGGGUGGUUUUAUUUGUCCCCUCAAGUUUUCAGAGAUUUUCAUUGUAGGACAUAAAAGACUGUAGAAACACCAGGAAAUCAGCUCCAAGUGAUUUCAAUUUAAGAAAUCUGUUCCCAAGUAUUC